AUGUAUCAAGUCGUAACGAGCUACAAAUUCCACUUCUUGCUGUUCUUCCUUGCGGAUGUCCUGAAGGAGCUCAACCUUCUCAGCUUGAAGUUCCAGCGACGGCAGGUCGACGCAACCCAUGUGCUGCCGAUGGUGCACAACACCACCUUACUGCUGCGCACACGCUACCUCGACUGCGACGACGAGUCUUUCGGCCAGGGUGGAGACGCGUUGGGCCCAUUCCUCAACAAGCACGCAUCAGGGGAGUUCCGUGAGGUCCUCGUUGCUGGCACAGCAUCCGACGGCACAUCGGUCAGCCAUCGAUACCGACUGCACGAGGAGAAAAUGAAGGGCCAGAAAAGUGGUGUGGACCACCAAGCGUGUUUGGGGCUGGCGCGCGAGUUCAUCACGACCUUGGUUGGUAGGCUCGACUACCGCCUCAAGGACCUUUCACACCUUGACGGGGCGAAGCUGUUCAAGCAGGGAUCGUAUCCCAAGAACAUGGAAAAGCGUGAGCGCAGGCUAGGACAAUGGCUCCAGUCUCUGCGCAACAUGUUCAAGAAGAGACCAGAAGACCCGGAUACCCUACCAGGUGAGGCAGCCAUGCUUGCCGCAUGGCACACCUCCACUCCCCCGACCCCACUUCCCUCCUCUUCCCUCCCACACUGUCUUCCUUGCCUUCCAUCGUGCUCCACUGCCCUCCACAUGCUUGCAGCUGCAGCCUCGCCCUGUCCCAUCCUUCCCCUGUUCCCCGUGCCUCUUCCCAUUCCUCAACAAUCAACUCCCAAUCUGACCUGCAUCACCUCCUCUUCUCGCCAUCACCUCCCUCCCCCCCAACCCACUUGCUUCGCAUGCUCGCAGGAGCCGACCGGUGGUGCAAUGUGCAGGGCCCUUUCAGCGAGAACCGCACUGCACCGUUUUGGAAGCAGCCAUCCGCGCCAAGUUGGGAGCCCUGCCUCUCAGGCGUCUUCCUCCUCUCUCGUCUCUCACGCCCUGCAUCGCCCCCCACAUCCCCUGCAGCACCGCUUCCUCGCUCUGUGCUCUGUCUGUGCUCUCAGAGCGCCAUCGUCUCUGCCCAAUCCCCUCCCUUUCACCCCUCUCCCUCCCCCCACCCCCCCUCCUUCCCAGACGUCGUACUUGGGCGUGUGUGGCGACGUGGCGAUCGCUGUCAACACAAGGGCUCUGCACGGCGCUGCAGUGGCGGGGGUGUGCCGCCAUCACCACGGCCGGCAUCUACCCGGGCUUCAGCAACUGUGCGUGCAGUCAGGGGAGAGGGGAGGGGAACAGAUGGGCGCCAAAUGGGAUCACGAGCAGCGCGCCAUGGUGUGCUCUCCUCUCCUGUGUUCUCCUCCCUGCACUGAUGGCAGCGGAGCUGGUGCGGCUCGCGGGGAGGGGACACGCAUGGAGGAGCAACAAGGGCAGCAGCAGGUCGCUCUCGGCCUUCGACCAAAGAGCCUGCGACACACCUACAUCCCCCACUCGCACACCAGCUUCUCGUAUUUCAUGGCGGGACCCGGGAGGGGCACGGGAGGGGCGGGUCCCACCAUCCUGGCCACCAGCCUGCUGCUGCUCGGCAAGCCUGCCACGGCCUUCAAGGAUUGUGGGGGGGGGGAGAUGGGGAUGAGUGGCAAGUGA